GUCGUUUGUUUUGAAAAUGACACGAAUUAAGUUAUAAUUGAGGAAGCAUAUACCCGGCCAUUCUGCUAGAACACUGACAGUCCUACUUAGUGCCUGAUUAAUGAAGCCUACAGUGGCAAUACGUUUGUUAUAUUUUAAAUCACCAUUGCUAUUGAAGCUGUAACUUAUCGUCCAUAAUUAUGGCAUCGCUGCACCCCUUUAUGAUUCGCAUGAAUUAUGUGGAUCGAUCAACACCUUUCAGUAGCCGGAUGCGCAGAAGACGCUACUCGUCCACUGUCUCCUGCUACUCGAACCACUUUGCGGAUCAGAACAACAAUGAGCUGCUGCUACCGAUCGUCAACCCAUCGCGCAAGCGUCGCAACCUUGCGGCCUGCAUCUACAUGCCAGUAGCGACACCGAAUGAAGGUUCGGAGGACACUGUCGAACGAUCCCCACAGCUGGCUGUACAUCUAUUCGAAGGAUGCUCCGUAACGCUCCGGAAUGAGCAAACCGUAUCGGUAUCGACGGAAAGAUUUCUAGCAAUCGGACGGCUGUACUGUCAGGAUAAUGCCGUUUCAUCGAUGGCGUAUUACGUGCCACGCAUGGUUCCCGUGUCGAUGGUUUCGAGUUCAUAUCCUUGCGUCGACGCAGAGCUGAAAACGGAAACGAUCAUCCACUGUACGAAAAUCGAAUUCCGCCGCAGAUAUUUACCGGUAGCAUCGCAAACAGUCGAAAACGAUCAACGCAGGGAGGACCACGAACAGCAGCCAAGUUUCGUGUCAUACGCUUGCUGGAACGUUUCGGAAUAUUAGCGUGAAGUAAUUGUAACGAGACGCAUGUUAUCAGUAUUGAAACAUCAUUCUUAGGAUACGUUUAAGCGAGAUUUAUCCCUUUUUCUAUCUUUAUUUUGGAAUUCUUGUUUUAAAUAAUAAAAAGUAAAA